CCGUUGUUUUUUCCUUGCGUUUGUGUGCUAAGCAGUAACAAACAAUCUACUGUUUUUAUUUUGUUCCUUAAUGUUAUCAUUUCCUCUUUCAACAUACAUCAAACAUGGUGAAAUAGGCUAAGGCAUUACCUGAUUAUUAAACUGACUAAACAUUUAAAGGUUGAUGAAUGUGCCUCAUAAAACACAUGUUGGAAGAACACGGGUUUGUCCUACGAGCAUGCUGAAACGCAAUCCUGUAUAUUAUUACUAAAACGACUAGUCAGGUAGCGAUGCGUUGUCUUUGGAGACAGAUUAACAUAACGGGCAUUGCAGAAAGUUUUGUACAAGUCGAAGUCAAACAAACUCGGCUUGUGUCAGAAGGCCAAAAAGGGACACUGAGUGGAAAGUAUUGGGUCAUCGCAGUUUCUCAUUUUGAGACUGCCGGGUGGUCCUUUGGUUCCCAUAUCAUGGCAGGACUAUUUCGGACUACGUCGCCCGUUCUUUCGUCAAUGAGUACAGCAGUAGACACGUGUUUGUAGCCCAUAUGAACAUACAUGUCGAAACCAGCUUGACUUGCCAUGAGAAAGCUAGGCACGUUGUGCUUCCGAGCACAGUCGUGAGCAAUAUCCAUAAGUAUGCCAGCGAUGCCCUUAUGCUGUUCGUCAACAUGAACUGCUAAUAAGUCAACAUGCACAUAGCCAUUGGGCUUUUCAAGCAAACCAGUUUCCACGAGUGCUUUACGGUACUCAACUCCAUUGUACUCGAAACGUCGACGAACUUGCUGAGCGCCAAGAAUCCAGAACAUUAAAGCACCAAGGAGCAUCGUUGCCCAAACAAUCAGCUGCCUCCACCAGGGCUUAGGCGUCUGUUUGGGUGUGACAUAUUUGUAUGCAAGCAUGCCUGCAUACUUGUUUGUGGUUGUGGAAGCUACAAACAUGUCCUUUAAAGGAUCUACGUACGAGUCCAGUGUCAGGUAUACGGUCAAUAUUCGAGAAACACGAUCUGAACAUCCGCCGAAACGCCAGUGCCAUGUUUUGCUAUUUUUGAAUGCAUCAUAAACAGUAUUAGAGACUCCUACGAGGUCCAUGAAACGCAUCCUACGGAUACGCAGCUUUUCGCCCUUCUUCGUUUGUACUAGCAUUUCCUUUGUCAUGUUGGAACGAGAAGUUAUUGCAAGAUGAGUAUUAUGUUUUUCUGUAUGAUCAAUUGAUCAGCCGAAAGGAACUUUGAAAAAAGCGGAGCAAAUGACGCCGGCAAGCGGGGAAAAUAUAAAUGAACUUAUGGAUUCGUUUCAAUGAGUAUCUCUGAAGACAAGCGAUGUUUGUCACUUAAUAUCGUUUAUCCCCCUUCGUGUAUUUACGUUCAACAAAAACAGGAUAACCAGUCAAAUGUAAUUGGAGUCUAUGGACAAAUCUUGCUCAAUGUUCUAAUUAAGCCGACGGAACAGCUGCUUCUUACACUUUUUCCCUUGUGGUGACAAAUUUAAAGUGAGGAAGGCGUUUUCUAUUAAACAAAACGUUUACAAUGUCAUCUGGUGACUGCCGCAUGCAUUUAUUUAUGAGCAGAUGGAAACGCGGCAGCUAGUACUGUGACCGUUGCUUUCGCAACAGUGACUUUCUCAUCACCUAACAGAAAGCCGAUCUCUAUUUGACAGCUGGCCAAGCAAGCGAGUUCAGUCUCGGGUACAUGUCGUGUGUUUCCCACUGACCUAAUGAGUGCAGGCCUGCAGCCGUCGUCGUUAUCCAACCAGCAAGAAUGUCCAGAGAGUGUCGACAAUUGUGACUUACCAUUACCGUAUUCGACUUCAUUUUCCUUCUACGCAUCUCCCAUAUAACUGGCGCUCUUCUCCCGGCAAUUUCGGCACCUUUCGCAACCCCUCGGCUUCUACACUUUCCGGCGACUUACGUCAUGAUCUGCAAUGACACAAUCUGUCAAUCAGAGGUCAAUGACGUAGUUUUCAUCACGUAAGGACAAUUUUCUUCGCUUGAUAGAACCUUAUUUGCACGUGGCCGCUUGCAACAUUGGUUGCUGAUGUUAGUAAGCGAUGGCGAUUAAUCGUCUGGUUGAGCUUAUCAUUUGACGAAUACGUUUACGCCUGAUUUGAUUUGACGAUGUUACGAAAAAAAACGAAAAUUGCGCAAUGUCGCGUUCGCCUUGCGAAAUUCUCAAAGGGCCUGUUACUUUUUAUGCAGCGGUAUUCCCGUCCACUGCAACACGCACAUCACUACAAGCAAUAGCACUCGCCGCACUUGCUUCUUGUCCUUGGACGCAGCCGUCUCGUCUCGUCUCUUUUCUUUUUUUUUACACACCGCGUCUCUGGCUUUGCUAUCUACUAGCGGUCAAUUCUUUGGCUUUCUUUUUCUCCGCAUCCUAACUUUCGCUUAAACACAAGCACCCCUUGCUUAUCCCGCCGGGGUUUUAUUGCUUACGUCACUGACACCAGAACUCAAAGCCUGUUUCAGCUUAACCUUCAUUUGCUUACUGCUUUGUUGAUACUCUUAGUAAGCAUCUCUGGCUAUAUAUUGCAAUCCUUUGAGCUCGUUGCUGCCGUGUAAUAUCUGUGCUUCCAUUUGGCGCUUUUUAUUUCGAGAUUGACGAACUGAUCCGCCCGGAAUUUAUCGUUCUAUCACCGUAUCGCAUUCAAGUCGGCGAAGCACGAAUUAGUCAAUUGCUCCCUGGUUGUUUUAUCUUGCACGUGAGACUAUAUUAAAACACUUGUCUGUACCGUGUUCAAUCAAAAAACGGGUAAUUAAGGACUCUUGGACUCUACAAAACAGUGAUUCCUUAGACGGUACUCUUCUUCGUUCUCUCUGCCAAAAUUUGCUUGUUCAUUGCAGAUUUGUAAAAAAGUGGAUUUUUCAUCUUGAUUCGCUAAAAAUCGGCGGGUUUCAUUUUCGUUUUGUUUUUGUUUUUGAAGAUUCGUUUUCCGGUAUCCUAUAGAAACGCAUUUAUACAUCCACACGCAUUUUGUUCAUUAUGGCUCCUACUGAACAAACUCCCCUCCUCACCACUGCUGGCGAGGAGGAAAAUUUGACCUGGAAGGGUCGCCUUCAUCGCUGGGUCUCCGCCCGCAGAUACUCGAGACGGACUCUGUUCAUCAGAAUUGGUGCCGUUCUCCUUGCUUCCAGCAUUCUGUAUCUCCUUUUGAAACAUCACCCUGAACCUGUGUUGCCUCCUUCAUUGCUUGUUUCGGGUCGAAGGGGUGCAAUUGCCGCGGAAGUCGAUGUUUGCUCGUCCAUCGGCACACGCAUUCUUGAGCAAGGCGGUAACGCCGUCGAUGCCGCUAUUGGUGCGGCUUUGUGUGUCGGUACCAUCAACUUUUUCUCGAGUGGAAUCGGCGGAGGCGGAUUCAUGCUUGUCCAUGCGCCAACGGGUGAAGCCACAUCGUUUAAUUUCCGCGAAACGGCUCCCGCUAAUGCCUCUAAAGAUAUGUUUACCGAGAACCCUAUUCUUGCGCAAUUGGGCGCUCUUUCUGUCGGUGUCCCUGGCGAAUUGGCGGGCAUGUACGAAGCUUGGUCUCGUUAUGGUGAACUUGACUGGCAAUGCAUCGUUGAGCCUAGUGCUCGAUUAGCCGCUAAGGGCUUUCGGGUGUCCAAAGUGCUUGCUGAACGUUUGCGUGUUCCUUACCUCUUGGGGCUGAAAGAAGAUCCCGUGUGGGCUUCGGUCAUUGCUCCCGAGGGCCAUUUGCUUAUGGAGGGUGAAACUAUGCAACGCCCAGCAUACGCAGAGACGCUUUUGCAAAUCGCUCGGGAAGGCGUCCAGUCGUUUUACAAUGGCAGUUUGGCUCAUGUCAUGGUUCGCUAUCUUCAAAGCAAAGGCGGAAUUAUUACCAAGGAAGACUUCGCAAACUAUAGGGUCGAAGUUGAGCCAGCAUUGGAGACACAGUACCGCAACCGCACGGUUUACACAACCCAAUUGCCCAGCGGUGGACCUGCGUUGAUUGAAGGAUUGAACAUCCUGGAUGGCUUUGAUUUUGACACCUUGACGUCUCACGAACGCUUGCAAGUGAUCAUCGAGACGAUGAAAUGGAUGUUUGCUGGACGCUCUCAGCUUGGAGAUCCAAAGUAUAUUCAAGAAAACCUUGAAAAGGUUAAAGAGCUUCUUGAUCCAGAGCAUGCCAAGGCCAUUCGCGCCAACAUUUCACUGGACCGCACAUUCCCAUACGAAUACUACCAACCUGCGUUCGACGUCGCCGAGAACCAUGGUACAACUCAUGUCACCGCGAUUGAUAGCAAGGGCUUCACGGCUUCGAUUACCUCUACAGUCAACUUGGAGUUUGGCUCUCAUCUCAUGGACCCCACAACGGGUGUUGUCUUCAACGAUGAGAUGGACGACUUUUCCAUUCCUGGUGCUCGCAACGCAUUCAACGUCUCCGCUUCUCCUUGGAACUACGUUGCCCCUGGCAAGCGCCCUCUUUCCUCGUCUGCGCCCACCGUCGUUCUUGACGCUGCCGGAGAGCGUGUUGACUUGGCACUCGGUGGCAGCGGCGGCAGCCGUAUCUUGACGGCUGUUUUGAAUACCAUUAUCAAUUACGUCGACCUGCAUUACGAUUUGGAACAGUCCAUCACUUUGCCUCGUGCUCACCAUCAGCUUUUGCCCGAGUUGGUUCUUCUCGAACCAGGAUUUACCAAAAAGACAAUCGAUUUCUUGACGGGUGUUGGACACGAUGUCUUCCAGCUUGGUCCCAAACCUUUGAGCGAGAUUCAGGCUGUAAACCAAUUGGGUUCGCUGUACUUUGGUUUCAGCGACCCUCGUAAGGCAGGCGUUGCCGCAGCACUUUAAUUCCUCAUGGUUCACGUUUUUGUUUGCACCCUUUUCCCAUCACAUUCCUUCGUCCACCACCUUUCACUCAUUCACGUCUCUUCCCGCUAAUGCCUCAACAACCGUCUCGACCGUCUUCCUCUCCCCAUCAAUGUUUUUGUAUUAAUAAUGAAUGAGCGGUUCCCCGUUAACUUUUAACUAUGAGUGAAUUUAGGACAAUUGCGAAAUGUUGCUUUUGUACAUUUUGUUAGCCUUUGUAAUUAGAGUUAUCUUGGCGAG